CUGCAGUCUGCAGGUUUUUAUGCAACACACGUAUUGGCCUUUGACAAUAUUGAUUCGGUCUGUACUACUUGCCUCUAUGUGCUGACUAAGUCAGGCGCAGGUCAAGAGAGUAUACUCAUAUACCCGCUGGUUGUAGGUGGGGUCUCAGCAAAGUCUAGGAUAAACUGGUAUGCUCGAUUCAUUUCUCUCACUGCUUCAGGUCUCCAUUUGCAACGCUACUGCGCUGCUGUAUGACCAGGUGCUCCCGCCUCUGACGAUGGCGUUCCGCCUUUACCCAGGUACCCAUAUCACUAUGGCAGCUCAUGACUGGACAGCAUGGAAGCGGCAGAUUAUGUGGCAGCCUCUAAAAAUGUUUUUCGGAAUUGAGACAAACAGGUUAGACUCAAAAAGACUAGCUGUGUGAAGGGGUGUAAUGACAUUGACAACCACCGCCUUCACUCGGGAGACUAUUUUGUUCAAUUCUUCGAACACUUUAUCCGAGUCAUUGCCGCUUUAGUUACGGUUCGAGAUUGACUCCCUCGACUGAAACCUUCGAUUGCAUCAACCACCUUCUUAGAUGCUCUUGCGCUAUGUCUUCCUAGGCCAGUCCGCAAAACACAAUACAAGUAUAGCCCCACACAUAACUCACUCCGUCCUUCAAUCUGACCCGACUAAAUGAACAAAGCAGUAGAAGCGCCCGUAGACCUCACCGGUCGUAUUCUCCGGUUAGAUGACCAUCCUGUGGC